AUGAUGAUCUUCGAGGAGGAUGCAACCGGCAUGGCGAUACCGGACGACCUGUGCAUUGAGGAUAUUUCAAGCCCCGUAGCUACUCACAUUCUUGACUUCUGUUACGACGGUCUUGGUGAUGACCUCUUUGCUGUGGUGACCACUACCUCCGUCCCAUUUCCAGCCUCCUCUGAGGAUGUUUCAUCGUCUACCACAACCACCCCUCCUCUCUGCAGCUACAGUGAUGAGACUCCAGCUGCUGCAGCCACAGCGUUCUCCCCGUUACCCUCCUUCGACUCCACUCUCACAGCCCUACUUGAGCAAGAGCAACACCAUGACCUUGACACCGAGCUCCUUCACCCCAUCGAUGGCCUUUCAGAAGCAGCAUACUAUCCACUUGCCACCGACGAGGCCAGCACAGAUCAAUUCAGCCAAAUGGAACUUCCAGAGACCAUUGCUGAACCAGUACCCCCAAUGCAAAUGACCAGCAGGACGCCUGUCUUGAUGCCGCUCGCUUCAGGCUAUGGUGAGUGCUUCACAGCGGCACUAGCUGGAGGGUACAUGGGCCUGGAUGGAGCCCUGUAUCAGCAAACAGGAGGAAUUCUUCCGACCUGCAAUGUAGAUGCAUCACAAGGAAGAUUCUUCAACAGUGCAAGUAAUAGUAGCAUUGGUAUGGUGAUGAUUGGUGAGUAUCAGAAGAUGAUGGAAGGUGAAGGAGAACUGACCAUAACAUACAUCGAUGAAGAUUCCAUGCAAGGGGCGUUGGUUAACAAUGCAGAGAUGCAGGUUGGUGGAAAUAACCAGCACCUGAUAAACGGAUGCAACGGGAGCCCACCAACAUUACCUCAAACAGAAAUAUCAGGCUUGGAAGAUCCCACAUUCAAGGUUAACCGCUUAUCACCUGAAGAGAGGAAGGAAAAGAUCCAUAGGUACAUAAAGAAACGGAACGAGAGGAAUUUCAGCAAAAAAAUAAAGUAUGCAUGUAGAAAAACCUUGGCAGAUAGCAGGCCCCGUGUCCGUGGAAGGUUUGCAAAGAAUGAUGAACUUUGUGAAGCAACAAUAUCAAGCUCCAAACAUCAUGAACAUUAUGAACAAAUAGAGCAUAUGAAAGAAGAUGACAUGCUUGACACUUCUGAUAUUCUUGCACAUCUAAGUGGGUUAAAUUCCUACAAGUACAAGUGCAACGUCGAAUCCUGGAUAUAAUUCUCAAGUCUCAACCAUGCAGACUAAAAAGACCUGUGAUUUGUUUCCAAUCACACAACCAUUAAGCACAGUUUUUCUUUCCAGUAAAAUAAGGUUACAGCUUUAGAAGCUCUCUAGCAGGGCAAAUCUCUAGUCUAAAUAAAUGUA